AUGUUUCAGGAGUUAAUACUGGUUCUUGCAGGGUAUGACUCUGACCUUUUUGACUCUACUUUUCAACUACGUAAAAACAUACCUCUGCUCCAUCCAGCAGAGAGGCAAUUGAUCAAUGAAAUUGCAAAAGUUGCAUGUAUACGACGGGAAAUACAGAGUUGCGCUGAAGCGUACGUUUGCAAACUUCACCCGUUGAAUAAACAAACGGUCGAAUAUGCAGAGCAAAUACUUGCGAAUUUCAAUGAGUUCUUAGCGACAAUUGAGAUGAAAAUUGCCUCUAAAGAUUCUGAACUUAUUGGCACGAGUUUUUCAUUGGCGCAGUUUCUUGCCCAACUAUCUCCUUGGAAGCUACGUUUACGUGCAUUAUUUGACAUUGUCAAGCGCGUUCUUCCGUGUAAAAUAACGAAAGAAAUAUUGGAAGUUUUAUCUGAAAGUGUAAAGCAGGCUCCGUCGGCCGCUCAUCUUGAAAUAUCACAGGCUUUGGAAAUAGUUCUUCACAAAGCAUGGCUUUCUGCGCUCCUUCACUAUCUAAUUAUGGGCCAACGGUUGGAUGAAUUUGUAAUUGACUUCUUUCAUGGCAACUCAGAGUCAAAGAACACAUAUACUUCAGACUGUAUAUUUUCAGAAAAGCUUCCUCAUUUUCUCUCUAGUCACUCAGUUCAUGUUUUAUGGAUGAUCAUGCGUUCUCUAGAGAUUGGUCGCACACUGGUUGGCAUUGAUUUUGCCGGUACUUGCUUAAAGAUUCAUCAGAUUUCAUCGUCAGCAAUCUCAUUUCCGUUAACCAAAGAUGUUAUGGAUGCGUUUCUCGAGAAAUCGUAUGGAAUUAUUUCUCGGAAUAUAAUAUUUCAUCUUGCGCCAGUGAAACGACUAGUUCAAGUGGCAGACGUACUCGAAGCUCUUGUACUGUUUGGUGACCAACGGUUCGCACGAGUAUUUGCUGAGAAGCUUAGGGAACGGAUAGAAGGUAUAUCGUCUUUGCCAAACGCCAAACAAGAGCUUGAAAAAACUAUGGCUUCAACCUUUGAUUAUACGAUUCUUAUGCUUGAUUUAGACGAGCGAUUUGGUGAGUGUGUGUCGCUUCUAAAACCUGUGUUCAUAGAGUAUACGAACAACGAGCCGGCGUUUUCCUUCCAGUUAAUCCCGUGGUGGCCGUAUUCUUUGUUCUUAACCGAUGAGCUGGCCCGUGUAUAUGAGAAGCUAUCCGUGCACUUGCUCUCACUCCAACAGUCUAUCAUAAUAACCAAAGGCAUGUAUGCUGGGGUUAGAAAUCUCGAUACCGAUAAGACAAAAUGGAUAGGCGUUUGGUGCGUUUUCCGCUUUUUGUCAACUCUCCAAAAAUACUUUUACGACGGUAUUAUUCGACCACGUUUUAUUCAUUUAAAACAGUUCUUGACCACAAACUCAACAGAGUUGAAUAUGCAUUUUUUCCAAAAGCAGCACUCUGAUUGUAUUCAGUAUAUCCAGCAAAUGACGUUUCAGAAUGACCCUGAUGUUGUACAACAAUUGAAUAUCAUCUAUGCUACAGUACAGCAAGCAAAAAUAGCAACAACAGAGGACUGGAUUCGACUUCAAAAUGUUGUACAAAACUGUAUUGGACUCAUGGAAGCGAAGUUGGAUGCACCAGACUAUGACAAAGUCCCGAUGAACACAUUCCUACUUCAAUUGACCUAA